GGAAGCUCACACGAAAACAUGCAUCUGGAGGCUUUCCCAAUGUCCAUUGGGUAAACCAAAAGCAUGUUAUUACUCGCCCAGAAGACUCAGAGAUCUCAUGUUUGAUCUGGACCACUCCCAACUCACCCAUUAUUAUCUUUCACAAUUGAACAGUAUGAUCGGGACCUCUUGCGGCAGUUGCGGAAACUGCGGGGACUUAUCCCGCCACGUGAUACAGGUACUUUCAACCCUGACACAAAUCCCCACAUGCCUCUCGCAAAUCCCCCGCAUAUGGGGAGCCGAUAUCAGUACCCGGCUGACGAGUGAAGUCCAAAACAUUGACAACCACUGACAAACCUCGCACCAACCCCAAUGCGUUGCCUUUUUCUACGUUUCCGCGAUUUAGGUUCAUGACUCCUAGGUAGGUAGGCUUUAGUCCGACUUGUUUCGGAUCGGAAAACGCGGAAAGUAUAGAAGCUAUCCAGCUACAAAUACUCUGUCGACCCCGCGUUAGAUCCAACCAUCCUCGCUCUCUCUAGGUCAAUCAUUCAGAUAGCAGCAGCAAUUGAACUUCAAAAUGGCAUCCGAAGAGAUCAACGUGCCUCCUAUGAAGGACUUAAAUAUCGACAACAUUACAGAAAACACCAUUAUAAUCAAUUCGCAGUCCUCGGACCCACGCCUUACCUAUGUGAUGGAAAGACUGGUUACGCAUCUCCACGAUUUCGCGAGGGAAACGAGGUUGAGCACGACGGAAUGGAUGGCAGCUCUGAAUUUUCUUGUUAGAGUUGGACAGAUCAGCACUGAUGUGCGCCAUGAAUAUAUCCUCCUCUCCGAUAUUCUUGGACUCUCUCUCCUUGUUGACGCAAUUGACCACCCGAAACCUCCAGCGAGCACGGAAGGAUCCGUCCUCGGUCCAUUUCAUACACACGAAGCAGAAACCAUGAAACAUGGAGACCUCAUGUCGCAAGAUACUGAGGGAGAGCCUUGCUUGGUUCUCUGCACCGUCAAGGAUGUCAAUGGGAAACCAAUUGAAGGGGUCAAAGUGGAUAUUUGGGAAACGGAUAGUACAGGCCACUAUGAUGUCCAACAUGCCGACAGAGAAGGGCCAGAUGGAAGAUGUGUGAUGAAGAGUGACAAGGAUGGAGUGUUUUGGUUCAAAGCAAUUGUGCCAGUGCCGUAUCCAAUUCCACAUGAUGGACCUGUGGGUCAGUUAUUGAAGCUGCUGAAGAGGCAUCCAUGGAGACCAGCACAUAUGCACUUCAUGUUUGAAAAGCCUGGCUGGGAUCAUUUGAUCACUGCCCUGUACAUUCGUGGCGAUCCAUACGAGACCUCUGAUGCAGUUUUUGGUGUUAAACAGUCUUUGAUUGUUGACUUCAGCCCAGCCGAUGCGAAAACGGCAAAGGAAUACGGAGUGAAGGAAGGCAGUAAGGUGCUAAGACAUGAUUUCGUCUUGGUUGACGAGAAAGAGACUGAGAGGCUGAGGGAUGAGAAUGCUCUGAAGGCCCUGAAAGCUCUUGGACGGAAAGUGAAGCUUUUAAACCAUUUGCCUAUUCCCGAUUUAGACUGAGUAUUUAGUUGAUCGCGGAAGUAGCAAACAAACCACCAUGAGGAUCACCGUGCAAUAUUGCAAUGCUGGAAUGAUACCAAAGUGUACUCACACUGCUGUAUUUAUUAUUAGAACAAAAGGCGGUUCCAGCUUUCCAAAAAUGAUUAUCCUCGGAAGCCCUUGCAUACCUAUUUGCACCUGAGUGCAUUGUGGAGAAAAUUUUAAACGUUGAACAAAGCUGCGAGAAAGGGGUGCUACAUGUACAGAACUCGGCACAGCGAAGCAUGAUGAUUUCACUAUUGACAAAUGUAGGCUAGCA